AACGGCAGCCGGCCAUGAAUAUCGAAGCAUUGGCCAAGUCUCCGCUUCAGACACAUAAAAGAGCCUAAAAUUAAGAGUGCUGGCCGUUACAAAAAAAACUGCUUCUCUAUUAAUCUAUAGUUUUCUCUUCUUCCUCACUCCAAAAUACAACCCUAUUCUCAACAUUUGUUCAAUCGCAAGAAAAUGUCGAAUGCCAUUCAAUUCUUUGAACUGUUUAACAAAACCAAGAUUCCUUCUGUAGGUCUCGGCACAUGGCAAUCGGAGCCUGGUGUUGUUGGUGAUGCUGUUACUGCUGCUAUUAAGAUGGGGUAUCGUCACAUUGAUUGUGCUCAAAUUUAUCGCAAUGAAAGGGAGAUUGGUAUAGUUUUGAAAAAGCUCUUUCAAGAUGAUGUGGUGAAACGAGAAGAUUUAUGGAUCACCUCUAAGCUCUGGUGUUCUGAUCAUGCACCAGAAGAUGUACCAGUUGCAUUAGACAGAACACUGAAUGAUUUACAACUUGACUAUAUCGACUUAUACCUUAUACAUUGGCCUGUUAGGAUGAAGAAGGGAUCUGUUGGGUUUAAUCCUGAGAAUCUUGCUCCAGUAGAUAUUCCAAACACAUGGAAAGCAAUGGAGAAACUUUAUGACUCUGGGAAGGCAAAAGCCAUUGGUGUAAGCAAUUUUUCCACCAAGAAAUUGGGUGAUUUGUUGGAUGUUGCACGUGUUCCACCUGCUGUCAACCAAGUGGAAUGUCAUCCUUCAUGGAAGCAAACAAAACUAAGAGACUUUUGCAAAUCCAAAGGCGUUCACUUAUCUGGAUAUUCGCCACUUGGUUCUCCGGGGACCUCGUUCAUUAAAAGUGAUGUACUCAAACAACCGAUUCUUAUUUCAAUAGCAGAAAAAUUACACAAGACACCUGCUCAGGUUGCUCUACGGUGGGGUCUACAGAUGGGUCAUAGCAUACUUCCCAAAAGUACAAGUGAAUCCCGGAUCAAAGAAAAUUUUGACAUUUUUGACUGGUCAAUUCCUGAUGAUUUGUUCACUAAGAUCUCUUCUGAUAUCGAGCAGGCUAGGCUUCUGAGAGGUACUUCUUUUGUGGAUGAGACUCAUGGUCACUACAAGACAGUCGAGGAACUAUGGGAUGGUGAAAUAUGAAUGGUGCCUGGUGUAGGAUUUUGCUUUCCAUGCUAUUCUACUUUACUCUUUACCUUUAAAGAUUUUCCUUAACCUUUCUUAAUGUAACGCUUGAAAUCGUAAACAUUACUGCUGCUGUGCAUUGUGGGAUGAAAGUUAUGUUUGAUUGUUA